CUUGUUCAACAGCGACUCUGUUGCGUCUCUGCAGCUGGUGUGUGGAAUGAAAAGGAACGCUAAAAUUUAGAGACAAAUAAUUUUUAGUGACAAGUGUGCCUCAUCAAUUAUUUUUAUAAUCUAAUAUUUACAUUAAUAUUAAUUAUUACUUAUUAAGCUGAUCAUAAAAUAAAAUAUUGCAAAAAAAUAUUAUAAAUGAAAUAACGGAUAAAAGUUGAACUACAUGCAGAAGUCCAUAACCACAUUGGAUUUUUAUUCUUUAUUUUUUGCAAAUUCAUUUUUGAGUUUGCAAAGAUAAUAAUGAAGAAAAGUUUAAAAUAAAUGUCAAAAAUGAAAAUAUCUGUGCCAAAUUGGGAAUGAUAUAUAAAAAAUAUAUUGAAGAGAUAAAUCCUGUCUAUUGAAAAAUCAUCGAAUAGGACGCAAAAAUGGAGUUGAAGUUACCUGAACAAGUGCAUCAUCAAGUUUGCAGACUUUGCGGACAAUUUGAGAGUAUUUACAUCGAUAUUUUUGGAGAAGAAGGCACUAAAAGAUUACUUGGAUUAAAGAUACAUCAUAAAAUCAACAUUUUGAUAGAUGAGACGGAUCCUCUACCCAAGACGAUCUGCGUUCAAUGUCUGGGAAAACUCGAGUUUGUUUGUGACUUCCAAGAGGAGUGUCUUCGAACUCAACGACUGUUGCGUGAUCAAUAUGAUCUACCGCCUUUGCCAGACGUCGAUGAAGAAAAUUCCCGAGAAAUUUUGAAAGAUGAAGAGUCAUCACUACUUGCUCCACCACCUAGUACAUCAACCAAUAACAAUAACACUAGUACUGAUAAGAAUCGUAAUUCAACUGCGGAUAUUGAAAAUGUGGAUCCAUCUCAGGAUGAGAAUAUUAAAGAUAUCAUUGAAAAUCCAGAAAAUACAAAGCCUAAGAGAUCUACAAGAAUUUCUCCACAGAAUCGAGCUAAAAAUAGUGACAAAGAUGUUAUCAAUGAACAUGAAGUUCAAGAAACUCCCAAUAGAAGAUGGUUAAGAAGUCGUAAUACUACUGAAUCGCGUUCGAAAGUUGAAAAAACACCAAAGUCUAAAAAUUCUACUCUUGUUACUAAUAAGAUUACGUCUACGUCUUCACCAAAGGCUAAUGAAGUUUCUAUUGUCACUAGACUCCGUAGUCAAAAUCAAAAUCAGAGUAGGACGGUGGUGAAUUCAGAAGUAGACAAAAAUAGUGACUCUGUGCAGGAUAAAGAUGAAGAAAAGAAACGUAUGAUCCAAAUUCCAACAUCAGCUUUAAAUAAAGUUUUAACUGCAGUAUCAAGUUCACCAGAUGUUGAAGUAUCAGUUAAAGAAUCAAAAAACCGGAAUGGUGAUAUUGAAGAUAUAAGUUUUACUCUAGAAUUGAGAAAGAAACAAGAAUCUGAAUCAGUUGUUACCGUACUGGCUAAAGUAUUUCCUGAUCAAGGCUCGUGUUUAGUUGGGUCGGAGAUUAUUGAUUUGUUAGAAGACGAUAAUAAUUCCGAGCUUAAUAAAUUAAUCACUUCAAUUGCGAAAGGAAAAGGUACAAAAGAUAAAGACAGUGAAGCAAUGAGGACUGUAGAGUUAGAAGAAUUAGAAAAAAAAUUAUCAAGCAUUAGUGACAGUGGAGGCGGAGAUCUCGAUGGAGUGGCUUCAAGAAAUCCUGAAGAACUUUUUAGAAUUGAUGGAGAAGAAAUUCGUGUUGAUGAUAAUGUAGAAUGUGCUACUGUUGGUGGCCAGAGUGGAUAUGCGUGUAAAUUGUGUCGUAAAUUUUAUGAACGACGAGACAAAUGUACUGUUCAUGUUAAAACUCAUCUUGGUAUCAAACAAUAUGCUUGUACACUUUGUAGCGCUAAAUUUGUAUGUAAGUCUGAUGUUAUGAAACAUAUCAGAUGCUCGCAUACUAAUCCAAGGCCAAUGCAGUGUCCAAAGUGUCCAAAAAGAUUUAGAUCCAAAUUUGAUUUAACGGAACACGAUAAUGUUCAUAAAGGAGUAAAACCUUAUCAAUGUUCUGAUUGUGGACAAAGCUAUCACCAUAAAGUCUCAUUGCAGAUGCACGUAAAAUCACAUUUACCACCUCAAAAUCUUGCUUGUGAAUACUGUGGUAAAGUAUUCCCUUUUCGAACACGAUUGCUCAGUCACAUUGGAAGUGUUCAUUUGAAAAAUCGACGAAAUUUUCGUUGUCGUUUUUGCUAUAAUCUUUAUUCAAGUUUAUCUGUAUUAAAUGAACACAUAAAAACAAGACAUGCAACUACAUAUACUUGCGAGAUUUGUUCUAAAACAUUCAAAGUAGCGUCUAAAUACAAAGCUCAUGUUCUUCAACAUUCAAAUCCUAAACCAUUUGUUUGUAAUAUUUGUAAUAAUAGAUAUGCAUCUAAAGCUUUCCUCAAUGAACAUUUGCUUAAACAUGAGGGAUUGAGAAAACAUGUGUGCCAAAAAUGUGGAGCAAGUUUCGCUCAAGCAAGUCAUUUAGCUGCUCAUCGUCAUGUUCAUGGUGAAAAGACUCAUGCGUGUCCGGAGUGUGGGAGAAAAUUUAAUAGACGUGAUAAUAUGAAAGUUCAUAGGAAGAGACACUUUGCUGAAUCGGGGAGAAUUGUAACGACUGACAAAACUCAACCAGGAGCACCUGAUAGCUCCGUUCCGGCAUCUCCAGACACUACAGAUUCGAAUGAAAAAAUUCAAGAAGAUGAUGACUUAUCUCAUAUCAUUUGUAUGCGUUGCUGUGGAACUCUGGAAUUUUUAUGUGAUUUUUAUGAACAAUGUCAUCAUACUCAAGAAGUGUUGAAAGAAAAGAAUGAAGAACUUCAGAAAUCAAGUCCAACUGCAGAUGAAAGUUCAAAUUUUACAGAAGAAAAUCCUAAUAAAGAUGAUGAUUCAAACAAAGAAAAUGUAAUUCCAUCAAAUGAAGCAGUUGAUAAUUCACGAUCAUCUUUAGAUCACUCAGAUCCUUUGAAUAUUUUAACUUCUUCUCCCAAACUUGCUGUCGAUGAGAAUGAUAAUCCAUCAGAGAAUCAGGUUUCAGAAUCAGCACCUCGACGAUCUCAUGAAAAUGUUCUUGUUGAUAUUACGGAUCAACAUCGUGAACGUCAUAAGACCCCAAUAUCCCGAGGACUUUUUUCUACUGCCACUACUUCUACUCCUGCUACUACUAAAGGGUUUAAAAGAACUCGAAAAAGUCCACCUGGAAUGAGAAAAAUUCGAAAAAUUGAGCAAAAAAAACUAACAGACAUUUUCAAAGCACAAAACGUAAAAAAUGAAAAAAACAAUACAAUUGAAGAUAAGAGGGAAAAUGAAGAUAUCGCUAAAAAACUAGAAGUACCUGCUACUACAAAACCUGAAAAAGAAUUAACAGAAUUUUCAUGUAGAGAAGAAACGAAUGAAUUAAUAGAGAGCCAAGAAGGUUUAACUAAAUCUAAUAAAAAUUCAACCCCAUUAACUACUGAAGGAGAUGAAGGUGAAGAAAGCUUCACACUCCAUCUAUCUAUCUCUUCGUUAUCACCUUCAGUUCCUGUACCUUCCAAAGAUGAAGCUCGUAAAAGUGUGGACAAAUCACCGAAUUGUUUAGUUAAAGAUGAACUUAAUAACGAUAAUAAUUCUAAGUCGAAUGCGAAACGUCGUAAGAGUUCGAGUUAUGGAAAAAUAUCAGAUUUGAUAAGUCAAGAACAAAAAGAAGCCAUUGAAAAAUAUUACAUACUGGAUAUGUCAGUGGUUAACGAAGACACUGUUAAGAAGAACUACUAUAUCAACGAAAAGAAACAAAUUAUUUGUAAAGUCUGUAAUGCUACUUAUCCACGAGUAGAUAAGUGUCACGUUCACAUUUGGGGGCAUUUAGAAAUGAAACCUUAUCGCUGUACUGCUUGUGAUUUUGCCACAGUUACAGUGACAAACAUUAGAUGCCAUAUCAGAAAGAGUCAUUUAAAAAUAAAACCUUUUGAAUGUAAUCUCUGUAAUAAACGCUUUGUUACUGCAGUAUUGCUAGAAGAGCAUAUGAAUACUCAUACAGGUGCUAGACCUUACCAAUGCAAAGAUUGUAGUUUUUCUAGUGCUAGCCGACAGGUUUUGACUUACCAUAUUACCACACAUAAAACUGUUAAGGAUAUUACAUGUGAUAUUUGUCAGAAGAAAUUCUAUUCCAAAACACGCAUGCGAUCACACAUGAUAACACAUAACAAAGAUAAAGCUUUGAUGUGUAAAUAUUGUUCACAUCAUUUUACAAGUAGUGAGGCUCUUCAACGACAUUGCGAUAAGAUUCAUUCAAAAGACUAUGUAUGCGAAACUUGUGGAAAACGCACGAAAUCCAGAAAAGCUUUGCACAAUCAUUAUAAUGUUCAUUCCGAAGCUAAGUACAAAUGUCCUAUUUGUCCCAACGUAUAUAAAAGCAGUCAUAUUUUAAAAGAGCAUUUAUUGAAACAUGAAGGUAUUAGGAAGUACAAAUGUGAUGUAUGUAAUAAAGAUUUUGCUCAACAAUCGCAUUUAGCUGCGCAUAAAGCAGUUCACAGUGAAAAAAGAUACUUUUGUCCUGGAUGUCAGCGAGGAUUUAAUCGCCACGAUAACAUGAAAAUGCAUACGAAACGGUGUGAAAGUUUUUUGACUAAUCCAGAAUUGAAAAGUUUGUUAUCUCAACGACGAAAUUCAAAAUCUACGAGUUCUAAUGAAGGUGAUCCUGAGGAUAUUGAUAAUUCUAAUAAUAGUUUUAACAAUAAGUCAAAUAAGACUGAAGAUUUUCAUGACAAAAUCCAAAAAGGUAGCUUCCGAAUUGGUGAAGUUGACAUUGUUCCUAUAUCAAACGUCCAAACACCAGUAAAUAUUUCUACACAUAACAAAGUUACCGUUACUGAAAGUGUUAUUGGACUAGAAUGUUACUAAUUUUUAACAUUUAGAGAUUUUUUAAAAUAUUUUACAUAAAAUAACUCUAGUGUAUUCUUCCGAAAGUGCCCAUAGUUCACCAUAGUAUUUUUUACCAAUGAUUAUUGUAUAAUCGUUCCAAGACUGAUACAUUUUAUACAUU